AUGACCCAGCUGCUUCCACACGUUUCCCAGAGCUCUCUGGGUGAGACGUGUGCUUUCUACCUGGAUUACAUCACCGCCAGCCUGCCCUCAUCGUUACACUCUCUCCACCAUAAAUUCCUCUUGCCCCUCAUCUCACGCCCCGCCUCCUCAACAACGCCCUUGCUGCGCGCCUUCUCCCCGCUCGACUGGGUUUCAUACUACAACAGCACCGACAACAACAAAGUACCCGCCGUUCUCACACUUGUCGCUUGCGCGAUUGCCCUCAUCUUCAUGUCUUGGCGCAACCUUUGGCGCCGCCCCGCGCCGUCUUACCAUCCGACGAAUACCAGCGAGCGGCCUUACUCCUACCUUACGCCGGAUGACAUUGUCGAUCCGCCGUCCCGUUCGUACAGAGGAGAAGAUGACAAUGAACCGGAUAAACUCGUUCUGAACCACCGCAAGGUUACUUAUGAACUGCAUUUCCCGCCUUACUCUAUAAACGAUGGUACCCUCAGUAUUGGCCAGCUGAGGCAGGCCGCCGCAGAGGUCACGCGCACUGCCGAUCCGAACCGUAUCAAACUACUCUACAAGGGCAAGCUCCUCGAUGAUGACUCGCUGCAAUGCCGCGCGGAGGGCCUCAAACAACAGUCUGAGAUCCUGUGCGUCGUUUCAGAGGUGCAGCCUGGCACCAGAACACCUAGCGACGUAUCCUCCAUCGGACGGACGAGCGAAGAAGCCCCUCGCCACUCGUCACUAAACAUUACCGAGAUUACACCAAAAUCAGAUAGCAGCAAGAAGAACAAACGCAAGAAGAGCAAGAAGGGCAAAAAGAAGAAGACAUCGUCAGCCGACUCUGACGACGAUGAGUUAUCAACACCUCCCGCUCAGCCCCCGCGACCUACCUCAUCCGCGGGCGGCGCCAGCCGCCACGCCCUACCACCUCCAGCUCCCAAUCUAAACACCUUCCCCACCCCGCUGGAGCAGGUCUACGGCCUGACCGCAUACUUCCGCAAAGAGAUCCUCCCGCUCUGUAACCGGUACAUCACAGACCCGCCACAGGACGAGAAAACUCGCGAUUUCGAGCACAAGAAGCUCGGCGAGUUCAUUCUGGCGCAGGUCAUGAUCAAGGCCGACUCCAUCGAAGUAUCCAAUGAUGAGACCCGCAAUGCGCGGAGGGCCCUGAUUAAAGAGGCUCAGUCUGCGCUUAAUCAGGUUGAUGCGGUGGCAAAAAACUAA